AUGUCCUUCGGCUUUUCUGUUGGUGACUUUCUGGCGGUCGGCCAGUUGACAGUCAAAAUAGUUGCAAGUCUCAGAGAGUCUGGCGGCGCAAAAACCGAAUACCAAAAUCUCAUCCGGGAGCUCGAGUCUCUUCACCAUGCUCUUCAGCAUCUUGACAAGCUGCAGGCCAAUACGAGUUCCACCUCAAGUCUCGAUUCGAUAAAGUACGCAGCUCUCAGCUGCCGCCGUCCACUUGAACAAUUUCUCAGCAAAAUACAAAGAUAUGACAAAUCUCUCGGUGUAUGGGCAAAGAAAGAUGCGAAUCCAUUCAAAGGGACGGUGAACAAAGUCCGAUGGGCAUUUGGACAGACGAAUGAGAUACACAAGCUACAGAGUUACUUGAAUGUCCAUGUCGCGACGAUUAGCAUGCUUUUAGCUGAGUUUGGGUUGGAGAAGAUAACUCUCGCGUCUGAAAAGGCCGAAGCAGGCCAGCAAGAUAUCGAGCGGCGACUGGAAGAUACUCGAGUGCUUCUGCAACAGAUCGGUGACAAAGGCUCCAGUCAGCUUCCGGUGGUACAAAGGGUGGCUUCGAUGACCACAGAUCUUUUCCAGAUGGUAAAUGGGGAACUUAAAGCGUCUUGGAGAUCUUUGAGUGAUAUGGUUGCAAGAGUGUGGUAA